AUGCCGCCCAAAAAAGGUGACCCGAAAUCUGCAGCCAAGAAAGGCAAGCCAGAGGAACCGAAGAAGGGGGCAAAGGAUGAUAAAAAGGGAGGAAAAGAUGACAAGAAAGGGGGAAAGAAGGCAGAGGAGCCACCGGCUAAGGGAAAAGGGAAGGAUGAUGGGAAAAAGGGAAAAGGAAAGAAGCCUGUCAGUGAGUCAGAGGAUGGGUCGGAGGAAGAAGAGGAGGAAAUGCAGAGUGAAGAAGAAGCUGAUAGUGAAGAAGAAGUAGAAAUCAAGAAGGUAGAUAAAGGAAAAGGGAAGGCGGCUUUAAAAGGUGCAUCAAAGGCUGUGGCUGUGAAGGGCUUUAAGCCUCCUAAACGCGCACCAUCUGAUGAAGAUGAAGUGGAAGACGAAAAGGCAAAGGCACCUGCCAAGAAAGGUAUGGGUGCAGUAAACCUGAAGAAGAUGAGCGAUUUUCACAUCAAAGGAGCUUCCAAGGCCAUGAUGGGUUUUGCUGCAGAAGGUCAGAAGAAAGGAGCAGCAAAAACACAAAAGACAGUCGAUGCAAGAUCUCACCUAAAGGGAGCUUCUAAGGCCCUCUCUGGCAUUGCAGGAAAGGCUUCACCUUUCAGUAUGCCCACCAAACAGCAGCAGCCACCACAGAAAGCAAAACCAAAACGAAACCUUAAAAGCACCUCUCGUCUUUUCCUACGGCUCUCCAAGAAAAAGAAGCCUUCUGCUGAUGGUAAACCCCUUCUGGGCAAUAGCAAACUUUUUUCUGGUUUUGGAGCAAAAUCGUCUUCUCCUGACAAAAAGCCAGGCCUAUCUGGCUUCAGCUUGUUUAAUAAAAAAGAUGAUCCUCCAAAAGAAACACCACCACCAAAAAAGACAAUAAAUCUAUCUGGUUUGGGUGGUCAGGGGAAAAUGGCAACAGAGGCAAAGGGAUUGGGGGGAAAAUUCAAAGGCAUGUUUGGGAAAAAGAAAACAGCACCGACAUUAAAGAAGAAAAGCUGGAUGGUAGGAAGAAUAGCUGCAGCAACAAACUGGUUGACUGGCAGAUUCCUGAUGUCUAAGGGACAAGGUCGACGUGGGACAAGGGCAGGAGGACGAGGGCGAAAGAGUCUGUCAUUUGCUAACAGAGCCACUAGAGAGAGACAGACACAAUAUUACAAUGAGGCAUAUGAAUAUGACGAUGAUGAGUAUGGGUAUGAGGAAGAUUACGACCAGUGGAGAUCUGGAAGCUAUGACCCAUAUGACCCCUAUGGAGAAGGAAUGGGUUACUACGAUGAUGAAGAGUGGGAAGAUGAAUAUGGCUACUAUGAUGAUGAGGGAAACUUUUAUUAUGAUGAUGAGUUGUACUAUGACGAUGAUGUGGAUUACUAUGGUUACCCUUAUGGAUAUUAUGAUGAUGAGUAUGAAGAUUACUAUGGCAAUGAAGAAGCUGAGUAUUACUAUGGUGAAGAUGGGAUGUUGUAUCAAAUUGAGCCAGAGUCCGAUGGUCACUAUGGUGAUCCUAUGGAUGGUUUUUAUGAUCCAUAUGACUCUGGACUGUAUGGUGAUUUCUUUGAGCACAAUAUGGGUGCUAACUAUGGCUUGUUAGACCCAUAUGGCAUGAUGACUGGUGUGCAUGCUGUUGUUUCGGGCCCAUAUCAUGACCCAAUGCUGGAAUAUGCAAAUCCUGCUUCUAUUUAUAACCCCUUUCAACAACCUAUCUCUAUGGACGCUGCACUCAGUCCAUUGCAGAUUGGACAGUUUUAUGGACAGGAGCAAUUGUCUUAUCCUCAAACUGAACCCCUUUCAGCAGAACAAUUCAGGUUCCCAAGGCCUCAGGUCAGACUCUUUGGAAAAGACAGACUAGAUGUAGAAACCCUGCCUCCACCUCGUCUUAAUUCCCGUCCUUCAUCACCAGUUUUUCACUCCCCAUCCCCAGCUCUUGCUAUCAACAAUCUGGAAAUCACAUCAGAUGCAUUAUAUGAUCAGCUUAUUCCCACUUACAUCCCUGCACAGCCCCAACACCAUGCUGGUAUUAGCCAGCAACAGACUCCCACCUUUCCAGGACAGUCACCCAUGCCAAUGCCUGUAAGUGUUCACCAACAAAACUUUCCUCUCCCUCAGCCAAAUCACCUUCCUUUUUCGGUUUCUCCAAACUACUUGGCACAACCUCAUCUGCCACCUGAAUUUUCCUCCCAGGUAUACCAUGCACCAUUCCCACAAGACUCACAGAUACUCCCUAUGGGGCAUAUAUCACCAAUGGUCCCACCAGCACAACCACCCAUACAAGCAGCAUUGCAUUCACCAGUGGCCUCACCCAGACCAGUGAGGCGAAUGAGUCCCCUCCCAUCCCCACAGCUAUCCAUGAGACAGGGAUCAGUAAGGAUGAUGCCACAGCCUUCAGCUCACCUCUCAUCAUAUCAUAUGGAUUAUCAAGCAGGAAUCCAGUCAGACCAACACAUUUCUUCACACUUACAUAGGCAAGCACACUCUCAACGAGCCUCAAUGCUAGGCCAAAGACAGAUUCCCCCAGUUGAUAGACGAAGACCACCCAGCCCACCACCCUCUCCACCAUACUCAAGGAGAGAAAUGUCAAUAAGAGCACAACCAUCCCUCAGAACAGGAAGGGGAGGAAAAGGGUUGCGCAGGGCUCCCUCAAAUGCUCAAACUCAUUCUCCAAUUGCUAGUCCCAUAGCUUCUCCUCGGGCAUCACUGAGGAAAAGAACAAGCCCACCACCUUCCCCUAGACUUUCUUUCAGGCAGCAGCCCCCUCCUGACGCAGUGCCUUUGCCAUCUACCAGGCCAAAUAAUUUCAUAGGAAGAAAACAGACAUCUAAGAUGAGGCAUUCUCCCUCUCCUCCACUACCAUCCCCACAAAGACGAAGCUCAUCUCCACCUGAAAGACCUCAGUCUCCGCCACUUUCCUUUCGCCCCACCUCUCCUCAUCGUUCUCCCUCUCCUUCCCCUUCUCGUGUCACUCAUCGACCUCUCCCCACUCGCUCUUCUACUCGUAGGCUAAGAGGUGGUGUUGGAGGUCGUGGUCAUGUUCCCAUGGGAGCUGUAAAACCCUCUCCAGCUAACCCCUACUUACAAAGGCGCAGCAGACAUGGCCCCCCUGUUACUCAGCAAGUAGCCCCAUUCAGAUCAUCUGUUCGCAGUGGCCCUGCUCAUCCUCCCUCACAGAUAGGGACCAUAGGGGCAACACCCAUGUUAGCCAGGACCGGUUCCCGGCCAACAGGCCUAAGGGAGUCUAAACGAAUUGGUGCUCAACAAAGAGGCUUUCACAGACCUGUAGGAAGAGGGCAGCCCCUUGUGCGAAUGCCCAGAAGUCAGCCCUCUCUUCAGUCCAGGCAGUCAUUCAGAGGACCUCCUCCAGUGCCUCCCAGCACUCCACAGCCUCCUUUAAAGCAGAAUGGCCCUCUUUCUCCUCAGCCUUCAGUACGUAGACUGCACAGUAGAUCCCCAUCUCCACAACAGCUGCCACAUCCAUCUCCACUGCCCUCCCGUUCAGCCUCUUUGAGGCAACAUUUAUCUCACCCACCUUCUCCAGUGCCCCACAGGUCAGUAAGUUCUUACAGUCUAGGAGCAACAUCUUUUCAACCUGUGUUACAUCAUCCCAGUCCCUCUCAUGGUCCUCUUCCACCUUCACAAACUAUCACACAGAAUGACUACAUAGUGAUGGAACCAGGCCCCUCCCCAAUGCUUUCAAAUGCUUUCCCAAACCCACAGACUCUCCCUCAGUUUGCACCAUUAUCACCUAAUCUAGGGCAUACACUCCAGAACCCUUAUUUGCAGGAUGUCAACAACACCACAUCAUUGCAGAGAGGCCCUUCUCCUGUUCAAAGAGACAUAUCAGAAAAUACACAGCAGAAUCAAACAGCAAGUCCCUAUGCCUCUCUUGGGCUAUCUCAUGCAUUGAUGCAGAACUCUCACUUACGAAACAACUCUUAUUCAUUUCCUUUACAACGCAAUGCCAACCUCUAUACAACUGUUCUAACACCACCUCAGGCAGAAGCCCCUUCAGCUCCCUCAGUAUUAUCUUCCCCACAAUUGUCUUCUGCUAUGAUUACAUCACAGAUGCGCAAUGCUUCCUUUACUUCUCCUUUUCACCCACACAUGUCUCCCUCAUCCUCUACCUUGCCAGUUCCUCCUUCCACCACACCUGAACAAAUAGGUAUCAGAGGUACCUCCCCACUUCUCUCUGGUCGAUUGCGUACUUCACAAAUCCAGGGAUCCAUGUUAAAACUUCCAGAUGGCACACUGACAAUGUCCCGGAGUGCUGUUGAAACUCCAGUCACAAAUAAUCAAUCUCCGAUAUCUUCUUCAAUGUUGUCCUCUGCCUUGCUCAAUUCCAAUCUACGACAAGCAACAUACCGUUUGCCCGAUGGUACUCUUGUGACUAAAACAGAGCCCACAAAUGCACCCCCUCCUUCCUCAUCUUUGCUUUCUUCUGCGCUGCAAAACCCAAAUGUACGUAAAGCCACUUACAGGCUGCCAGAUGGAACUUUGGUUACAAGAAAUGAGCCAGCACCUGAGUCUGCCACAUCUUCAUCUUCUGUGCUUUCCUCUGCUCUACUCAAUUCUAAUGUUCGAAAGGCCUCUUAUCGACUACCAGAUGGCUCUGUUUUGACUCAUCCAAGAGACGAAACACAGGGUACUGAGAGUGCGUUGUCAUCUGCUGGGCUCUCAAGUGCCUUGAUGAAUGCUAAUCUACGUAAGGCAAAGUUUCAGCUACCAGAAGGAACAUCAUUGUUUUCAAGAAAUCAAACUCAAGUUGCUGCCUCAGUCCCUUCUGGUCCUCAACUUUCUGGUGCCCUGCUUAAUGCCAACAUUCGUGGUGCUACUUACAAACUCCCGAACUCAUCCCUAUUGAGGCAGCCUGGAUCUGCUGAAACAACUGAGUCACGCUCCCUUGACCUUUCCAAUGCGCUCCGCAAUCAGAAUGUCAGAUCUGCCUCAUACCGUUUGCCAGAUGGUACUCUCAUGACCCGCUCUCCUCCACCUGCUCCAGCAUCCCGAACACUUGACCUAUCUAACGCUUUAUCAAAGAACCCAAACCUUCGGGGAGCAAACUAUCGUCUUCCAGGUGAUAACAUUAUGACACGGCUUGGUGCCCCUAGUACCCCUGAACCACGCUCUCUUAAUCUCUCUGGUGCUUUGCAGAACCCUAACCUUCGGGGUGCCUCUUUCCGCUUGCCCUCUUAUGCUGUAGUAUCACCCCAAGUCCAGGGAUCUGGCCCAGAACAGCACUGGGCACAGGGCCCAGGCAUUGAUGCCUCAGCAAUGCAGGGAGGUAUAGAUGUAUGGGGUGCAGAGAGGGUUCUGCCACAUGGGACAGUCCAAAAUCUCAGUAAAUGGUCCAUGUAUAGAGAUGAGGAACUGCUGGACCCCCACAGCCUGAUGGCACGGGAAAUCUCCGGUCAUAAUCCAGGCGAGUGGAAUCUCAGCAGGGAGGGGGAACCACAGGGAAACUGGUUCGACAAGAUGUAUUCAAUAAGAAGCCUCUCUACUGUGACUCACCGGGAACAAAGACAAGAAGAUGGUAUAGAAGAUAUGACACAGCUAGAGGAGAUGCAUGAAGGAGCUGUGCUGCUGAACAUGAGAAAAAGAUUUGAAAGAGAGCUUAUUUAUACGUACAUCGGUAGUAUUCUGGUGUCUGUAAACCCCUACAAGUUGUACAACAUCUAUGGCACGGACAUGGUACUGCUCUACAAGGGUUGUGCACUUGGGGAAAAUCCUCCGCAUUUGUUUGCCAUAGCAAAUGCUGCUCAUUCCAAAAUGAUGGAUGCCAAACACAACCAAGUCAUAAUAAUAAGUGGGGAGAGUGGGUCUGGAAAAACAGAGGCCACCAAGCUAGUUCUUCGCUACCUGGCAGCAGUGCACCACAAAUGCAAUCUUGCACAACAGAUUGAGAUACUUGAGGCAGCUCCUCUGCUGGAGUCUUUUGGAAAUGCCAAAACUGUGCGAAAUGAUAAUUCCAGUCGCUUUGGGAAAUACAUAGAGGUCUUUCUGGAGAAUGGAGUGAUUAGUGGUGCCAUAACCUCCCAGUAUCUGCUGGAAAAGUCCCGUAUUGUCUUCCAGGCCAAAGAUGAAAGGAACUACCACAUCUUCUAUGAGAUGCUAGCAGGUCUUCCUAAUCAGCAGAGACAGGCUUUCUAUUUGCAGGAAGCUGAGACCUACUAUUACCUCAACCAGGGAGGUGAUUGUGGGAUCACAGGAAAGAACGAUGGAGAGGACUUCCUGCGCCUGCUUUCUGCCAUGGAGACCCUUCACUUCACCCCAGAUGACCAGUCAGCCAUCUUCAGAGUGCUCUCAUCCAUCCUGCACUUGGGAAAUGUCUAUUUUAACAAAUAUGAGGCCGAAGGCCAAGAGGUGGCAUCAGUGGUGAGCGCUCAGGAGAUCCGGGUGGUUGCAGAGCUGCUGCAGAUCUCGCCAGAGGGACUGCAGAAAGCCAUCACUUUCAAAGUUACAGAGACUAUGAGGGACAAAAUCUACACCCCUCUGACUGUAGAAAGUGCCGUUGAUGCCAGAGAUGCAGUUGCCAAGAUCUUGUACUCGCUGCUCUUCCACUGGUUGACAGAGAGGAUCAAUGCUCAGGUCUACCCUCGCCAACACACUCUCUCCAUCUCCAUCCUGGACAUUUAUGGAUUUGAGGACCUGGCCUUCAACAGCUUUGAGCAGCUUUGUAUCAAUUAUGCAAACGAGUACCUGCAAUUCUUCUUCAACAGGAUUGUAUUCAGAGAAGAGCAGGAGGAGUACAGCAGGGAGCAGAUCCCCUGGCAGGACAUCACCUUCAGCGACAACCAGCCCUGCAUUGACCUCAUCGCCGCUAAGCCUCAUGGGAUACUGAGGAUUCUGGACGACCAGAGUAGUUUUCCUCAGGCAACAGAUCACACUUUUCUUCAAAAGUGUCACUAUCACCAUGGCAACAACCCCCUGUAUCUGAAGCCAAAGAUGCCCCUCCCAGAGUUCACCAUCAAGCACUUUGCUGGUCGGGUCAACUAUCAGGUUUACAAGUUCUUGGAUAAAAAUUACGACCAAGUGCGACAUGAUGUGCUGGACCUGUUCAUCCAGAGCAAGAACAAAAUGGUCUCGAACCUCUUCCUAGUUCACGCAGAGGUCACGGGUCAGCGGAGAGGAGGACACAUGAGGAAGAGCAGCACGGUCACCAGGAAGUACCAAGCGCCGACCGUCAGCAGCAAGUUCCAGCAGUCCCUGCUGGAGCUGGUGGAGAAGAUGGAGAGGUGUAAUCCUUUUUUUGUUCGCUGCAUUAAGCCAAAUAACAUGAAGCAACCAGGUGUGUUUGAGGACGAGCUGGUGAGCGACCAGCUGCGGCACUCCGGAGUCCUGGAGACCAUCAGGAUCCGCAGGGAGGGAUAUCCCAUCCGAAUGCCUUUCUACGCCUUCCUGUUCAGAUACAAGUCCCUGGUGGGAAUACAAAAACUUCCAGUCGCCAAUGGAGAGAACUGUGUGACACUGCUCGGCAAACUGUGUCCCCUCCGACCAGGACUGUACCAUGUUGGAGUCACCAAGCUGUUUCUGAAGGAGGACAUCUACCAGCUCUUGGAGUGUAAACGGGAACGCUCCCGCCAACUGGCCGCUCUCACCCUGCAGCGUUACACCCGCAUGUUCUUCGUCAGGAAACGUUAUGUCUCUUUUCGCUACAAAAUCGUCAGGUUUCAGGCUCAGUGCCGAGGAUUCCUCGUCAGGAGGCGCUAUGUGAAAAUGAGGCAGAGUCUGGUCCGGUUUCGCUCUCUUGUCCACAUGUAUGUAAACCGCAAGCAAUACAUCAAGAUGAAGUUUGAAGCUCAGAGGAGAGCUGAAGAGGAGAGGAGGAAGAGGGAGAUGGAGCUGACCAGGAGGGAGGUGGUGAAUGUCACACACUUGGUGAUCCCUGCAGAACUGGGCGCGUUACUCCAGGCAGCGGGAGUCCGGAGAGAGCUGCACUCGGACUGUUUGGCUCUGCUGCAGGCCCCCCACAUCAAGGAAGAGGGUCAACUCACUCUGCCGCUGGACAUCAACAACUACCCUUUCUAUCGCUACGUACAGAUCUACUUCAGGGAACCAAAGUUUGGGAUGUUGACGGCGCCUCUGGAGUCACCACUGACCCGAGUAGAGGAGGAUCUGAGAGCCGAGGCUCUGGAGGUUUUUAUCAUGGUGUUGCGCUUCAUGGGGGACCCUCACCUGAACGGCGCCCAGGAGAACAUGUUUGGAAAUUAUAUCAUCCAGAGGGGCUUAUCGUCUCCGCUGCUACGAGAUGAGAUCUUCUCUCAGAUCGUGAACCAGGUGUGGAGGAACACGAACGUUGACAAUGCAGAGAGAGGCUGGCUGCUGCUGCUGGCCUGUGUCUGCUGCUUUGGCCCGUCGCCCAAAAUGGACAAAUAUCUGCUCAAGUUUGUGUCUGACCACGGCCCUGCUGGUGGUCAGGCUCUGCUGCAGCACAGACUCAUCCAGGCCAGUCAAAAGAUGCAGACGGGCUCAGGCUCUGCAGCCGAGACCGCACGGACCUAUCCGCUCUCGCUGCUGGAGUGGACGGCCAAUCGGAAAAAGGCGAACAUGGUGCUGCAUGUGCACUGCUUGGACGGGGGGUCAUUCCUGUGUCCCGUCCAUUCCUGGACCAGCGGAGAGGAUUUAGCUGGAGACAUCCUGCGUCACAGGGGGUUGUCCGACUGGUGGAAGGGGAGUUCAAUCCUGAUGAAGGAGCAAGGUCAGUGGGUGGAGUUAGCCGGUCACGACUACGUCAUGGACCUGAUCGCCGACCUGGAGCUUCCCGUGGACUUCCCGAAGCAGAAGAGCUACUUCAUCAUCAGCACCGACAACCCAGCUCGAGUCCGAGCCAACGCCAGCCUCGCCUUGUUCGGCAGUGGCUUUGACUCAGAUGAGGAGCUUCCUUCCUCCUUUGCUCACAGCGGGAGGCCGGCCUACAGUCUGCCUGACUCUGAUGGAUACUUCAGCCACGCAGAGUCGGAUGCAUUCAGCGACGGCCAGACUCAGAGAGGCAUGGACCGCUACCUGGACAGUCUGUUUGAUCCUGUGCUGUCUGACGGCAGCGUGGACGUGGAAAAGACUGGAAGUUUUUCAGCGAGGAUGAAGGGAGGAGGAGGCAUCGGCAUCACGGGUGGAGGAAGAGAGGAGGGGGCUCCGGCGGCUCGCAGCCGCCCUUUUCCACCGGGAAUACAUCCAGGAGCGGUGCCGGUGCUUCCGGUAGCAGGAGGAAUGAUGCCGCCCUCCCCUGCCAUGCCCAUCCCGUCCCACCACCAUCACCUCGAACAGCAGCAGCAGCAGCAAGAGGAAGAGCCGCAACAGUACCACCAGUACAACCGGCCCCAACACCCCUACCACCAGCAGACCUCUUCUGCGACCGCACGGGCCACCCGUGUGGCGCCCACCCCGUCCCCCGCUCGCACCCCUACUGCCGCCCCAGCAGCCGCCCCCGCCGCCGAUAGAGAUACAGAUGUAGCGUCCCAUUUCUCCGCCGUCCCCGGUCUGCCGGGGGUGCCUUCAGUUCCGGCCACAUCUGUGGUCCCAGGCUUGCCUGUGAUGACAGGCGUGCCAGGAUCGGAGCAAGCUGUGCUGACUCAGCAACAACAGGCCAUCAUCAACCAGCAAGCUAUCAUUCUGGCCCAACAGAUGACCAUGCAGGCCAUCGCAAUCCAGCAGCAGAUGUUGUCCUCUUUCCCCCCCGUUGCUCCGGCUCCACAGUCGCCACCCUCUCAUCAUCAAACACACUCGCCACAGCUCUCACACACACCCAGUCCUACUAAAGAGAGCGAGGAGACUCAGCACAAACCUCGCUCUGCCUCCGUGCAGCGGAAAACGAGUUCCACACGCAGGCCUCCUCCCGAGGACGUGACCCGAUCCAGCGUGAGCAACACCGAGCGCAUGGAGCCCAGCCACGACAUCAAAGACAUCAUCAAACAGCAUCAGCCUGCAGGAGCAACAACUUCUGCUGGGCUUUCUAAUGCACAGCGAAAAAGUGACGGAAAGAUGUUUGCGAGGAAACCAGAUCCUCACGAUGAAGCGAUGGAAAUCUUGAAAGAUCAAAUGGCAAACCCACCUCGACCGUCUCAGAGAAAGUCUCAGCCGAAAGAAGACGGAGGAGUCAAGGUGGCCAAGUCGGCCAAGUCCCGCUCCACAGCCCUGUCCAGCUCCAGCGCCGCCCCCGCUCCUCCUCCAGUCUUCAGAGAUUUACCGGUGGAGGAGGAAAUUAUUCAGACUCAACUCCACAGCAGGACCAGCGAUGAAUAUUACACUUACUCCAAUGUCCCAUGGAAGCUCUACAUGAGAAAAGAGGUUUUCUACCCCAGAGAGACUUUCAACAAUCCUCUGAUCCUCGACCUAAUCUUCAGACAGAUCCUACAUGACACUUUCUCUGAGGCUUGCAUCCGAAUUACCCAGGAGGAGAGGCAGAAGAUGAAAGCCAUGUUUGCGGACAACAAAGUGGAUCCCGUUUCAGGGACACAUGACGAAAACGUGAAGAAGAAGGUGGUCCUCAUGGCCAAAGACUUGUGGGAGAUUUACUUCUCCCGCCUCUUCCCGGCAUCUGGCAGUGUGGGGACGGGAGUGCAGGUCUUGUCUGUGUCUCAUAAAGGCAUCAAGCUGCUGAAAAUGGUGAAGAGCAGCUCCUCUGCUUCAGACUACUUCAGGGUGCUGAGGCCCUACAGCUACUCGGACAUCCUGUUUGUGUCGAUCCCGUCCAAGAACAUGCUGGAGUUCAAUCUGACCAAUGAGAAGCUGAUCCUGUUCUCUGCCAAGGCUCCGCAGGUCAAACAUAUGAUCGACUACUUCCUGACAGAGCUGAAAAAGGACUCAGAGUAUGUGGUGGCCGUGAGGAAUUUCGUCACAGAGGACAGGAACAUGCUCAGCUUUCACAAAGGGGACAUCAUCAGACUGCAGCACAUGGACGGGCUGGAGGCCGGUAAAUAUUAUGGCUGCAUUGUGAGAAAGAAGGUCAUGCUUCUGGAGGAGCUGAAACGAGACACUCCUGAAUUUGGUUGGCGCUUCGGGGCCGUGUACGGAAAGUCGGGUGUGUUUCCCAGCGAAUUCGUGCGUCCGGUUGCUGCGCCAGACUUCCUCAUUCUACCUCCGGAUCGCGUGGAGCCCCGAGACAGACACGGACGGGUUGCCGCCUCGGCCGCUGUGGCCGUUGCGAUGGGUUCUGCUGUAGCUGCUCAUGAACUUGACAUUUCCACCGAGGUUGUAAAUGAGAUGUAUGGGGACAGCCCGGGCAUCGAACUGGACGACCUCCCCCUGCACAGCAGCCAGUACCACAUGGUUGAGUUUGCCAAGAAAUACUUCAGAGAAGCACAGAAGAACAGAAGUGACCAGAAAGCCAAAAAAGGGAAAGAGGGCAGAGACCCUGUUGAUAUGGUCAAAUUCUCUAAGUCUCCAAUCCAGGAGUCGCUAAUUGACUUCUCAGACAGCGGGAUGAACCGAGUGGCAGCUGACAUCUUCCUAGCUAUAAUGAAGUUCAUGGGAGACUUUCCACUGAAAGGUCAGACUGAACCGGAUCUGGUCACCACAAUAUUAAAGUUAAGUGGCGAUCAUGGCCUGAUGAAAGACGAAGCCUACUGCCAAGUGAUGAAGCAAGUCACUGCCAACAGCAGCUCCAAGCCGGACAGUUGUCAGAGAGGAUGGAGGUUGAUGUACAUCCUCACAGCUUUCCAUCGCUGCUCUGAUGUUAUGAAGCCAUUUCUGCUGGUGUUUCUUCAGGAUGCCUGUGCCAGUCCCGGGCAGCAGUACCAGAGCAUUGCCAAGGCCUGUGAACAAAAUCUGAGGAGGACAUUUCAAUAUGGCGGACGUAUUCAGUAUCCCAACAGCAUGGAGCUCAAAGCUAUGCUGGCCGGACGGAGCUCCAAAAGACAGCUGUUCCUGCUUCCAGGUGGGAUUGAAAGGCACUUGAAAAUCAAGACUUGCUCCGUUGCUUUGGAUGCUAUUGAGGAGCUGUGUUAUGAGAUGGGCCUGCAGAGGGAGGAGGCGUUGGAUGAAUAUGCUGUCUUUUUGGUCACACAUAGAGGUCAGAAUGUGCGGCCUCUAAACAAGCGCGAGUACAUCUUGGACAUUGCUACCGAAGCAGAGCCGGUGGACGCCAACUACAGUCUUUGGUUCAGAAGAGUCAUAUGGAGCCUGGCUCUCAAACUUGACAAUGAGCUCUAUGUCACCAUGCACUAUAACCAGGUAUUGCCAGACUACCUGAAGGCUUUGCUGAGCGUGGUUCCUCAGGGGAAAGCCAGCGAGCAGCAUCAGCAGCAGCUCGCCAGGCUGGCUGCCUUACAGCAUCGUGCCAAGGACACCAUCUACCUGCCCACUCUCCGUGAGGUGCAGGAGUGUGUCCCUCCACAGUUCUACAGCAAACAGGGUUCUCAGCAGUGGCUGAAUAUGACAACUCAACACAUGCAGCAGGUCCAGCCCUUAAACCCACACCAGGCCCGUGCACAGUUUCUCGGCCUGGUCAGUGCCUUCCCCAUGUUUGGCUCCUCAUUCUUCUACAUCCAGAGUUCGAGCUCUGCCUCCAUCCAUGCUCCGUGCAUCCUGGCUGUCAAUCUGAAUGGACUUCACUUCCUUAACAAGGACACUCAUGAGACCAUGGUGCGUUUCCCUCUGAAAGAGGUCCAGUCAACUCGUACCCAGAGACCAACUUCAGGUUCCAGUUACCCCUAUGUAGAGAUCAUGAUCGGAGACCUGCUCAACCAACGCAUCACACAGCUGCAGCUGGAGCAGGGCCUGGAGCUUUGCCGAGUCAUUGCCAUGCACAUGGAGAACAUGCUGUCAGUCAGAGAAAAACGACUCACGUUACCGCCAAGUGAAAUCACCCUGCUAUAACACUCACAUAGACUUAUGCUUAUGGGUUUAUGCUACAUGAAUGUACUGUAUCUACCUCUAUUGUUGAAAUGCAAUUUUUUGAUAUUUAAAGGCGAUGUUAAUGAAAAGCGGUUGUGUAUAUUGAUGACUUUGAA